GGAGGAGUGCGAGCCGCAUUCCACGCCGCUGCAUCUGGCGGCGGCACGAGGCGAUGCAGUUGCUGUUCGGGAGCUGCUGCUGCACUUUGCGAGCCGCGAGGAUGCAAGAGUUCAACGAACGGCCGCCGCCGCCGCAGAUCCCCGGCUCGUGGCCACCCUGUCAGGUCGGCUGGCCUGGCAGCUGGCGCUACCACAGCUCGAAGUUCUGGGAAUUGACCUGCUCCAGGCGCUUCACCCCACACAACCCCUGUUGUACAUCUUAGCACCGGAUGCCGACGUCAGCACCUCCGCAGCCAGCAACAGCAGCGCUGCUGACUACGGCCCGCCGUCGCUGGCUGCCAUUGCGGCGGCGGCGCUGAAGCAGAAGCUGUUGGCGUCGUUGGCGGCGGUGGAGGUGGCGGAGAGGAAGGCCGCAGCGGAGGCGGAGGCGGCGCGGGUGCUGACGUCAGCACCAGUGCCGCCGCGACCUCACCUGAGUGGCUGCCGUACAUUGAACUCCUCCGCCGCCGCUGCCUCCGCUACCGCGUCGACCAGCAUUAAUGGCUUACGAGGCGCUUUCAACGGCCGCUCCACUAACAGCGGAUACCAAGCCUCGGAAAGUCUGCGGUUGCGUGCUGGCAAAGCUCUUUGCAGGUCAAAAGUUGUGCCUUAUCCGUCCAAGCAGCUGCAGACAUCCCGGCAACAAGCUCCAGAAGCGCUGCACGGCAGCAGUCCCUCCCGUGGAGUCUGGCGGGAUGCAGGUUUCCCCAACUCUGCGAAGGAUGAACCGCAUCCUUUUGGGGUCCAAGACCAAGAGACCUAUGCCUUGGAACUAAGAUUCGGCCGCGGCAAUGCGAGGGGCCGUAACGUCAACAGCAACGAAAAGAAUCGAUGCUACCAUCGGUCUUACAGUGCACCUGACUCCUCAUCCUGCUACGCACGUGUCUGCGCAGUCCCCUUCAACCAAGGCGGUUUGGUUGUUGGAGCCGAGGGGGUUGAAACUAGUUCAGAAGAUUGGGAGGAUGUGGACGACGAGGAGGAAGAUGACGGCAUCUGCAGCGUGUGUUUUGCUCGUCCCGAGGCCGCCGCCCCCGCCACGUGUCAUCACGGCAUCUGCAGCGUGUGUGCGGGGGAGCUGUGUCGUGCGGUGAGCAGCCGGCCGCUUCUGUGCCCCUUCUGCAGGCAGCCAGUCACGGACUUUGUGCGCGUGGCGGCGCCGGCGGGAGGAGCCGCAGCAGGCAGGCGCGGCAGGGGAAGGGGUUAGCAGUAAGAAUCCUUAUCAUGGCAGCAAAAUUGCAAGAGAGAAUGGUAGGAAAACACGUUCGGCUAUACCUACCCGCUGCACGCAAAGAUUGGGGUAGCAUGGAACGCUGCACUAUCUGGUAGUAGCCCCUGAAUGCGGGUUGCUGGCCGUUUUCCUUGUUUGGGGUGGGCCUUCUUGGUUGGGUAAGAUCCGUUGGUUGCUGGGUGGCAGCUGGUGGGUCCAUUUCCUUAUGGCUUGGUUUUAUAAUGAAGUCUUCAUUCCAUUUGUUAGACGGGCUUGAAUGCCACUUAUGUCGCAAUCAAUCAUUCCUGAAUUUCAACCCAAACUACAUACGACAGUGCUGUGGAUGAGACUGUCCGCUUCGCAGGGUUACAUGUUUGUUAUGACAUCGGCGUUAUCUGGCGGUGCUGUCACCCAACGCCAACGCCUACGCCCAAGUGCUUUCAUGCAUGUCUAACACUCUACAUAUCUCGGAAGCUGUAGGGGGAUGCGGUUACGGUCGCUGCGAUCUAGGCGGUCAGCAGACCCUCAUUCAUGAACAUGGUUUCCUUAAGCUUUAUGGCCUGCCAUGCGUUGCCACGAGCCGUGGCGGCUCGUGAGUAUACUGGGCCCCUGCUAAUGGGUGUUCCUGUGCGCUCUGUCGUCGUACAUGGGAGGCCUUAACAACACAAGUAAUCCGUAUGAAUGUCGCUUUUAUUAAGUACCGGUAUAUGCCGGUUCCGUGCUUUGAAGGGGCAAAGAAGCUCCAUGUAUAAAUGACAGUUACAAUGGUUCCCUUAAAAAGGAACACGGGUGAAAUGAACCCAACCCUGCACAUGUCCGUGAGGCGUUCGGGGGAGGAGGGGUAUCGCGUAAUACUUCGUUUUAACAAUUUUAUACGUUGGCUACAUGUGUAUUUGGCUUUGGAACUCAUGCCUACACGCACGUAAGGAGGGGGUUAUGAAGGUGCAAUCCACCCACGUACGUGCACGAAUGAUUGAACGAUAAUUCCAAAGGUUUCCUGAAAGGGGGCACGGGUUGUCCCUCGUCUAGCAAGCAGGCAGAGGCCCCAUGUUGGUUGGCUAUGGGCUGUCUAGUGAUGUUACGUAGGGGCAACGUUGGCAGGAGGUUUGUUUCAGAAGCAAGAGUUUUCAUCCAAUGAGGGCUGUAUGUGUGUGACCACGGAAGCGUUUUUAUGAUCAUGCUACGAGUUGCACGUUACAAACCAUGGCUUGUAACUAUUUACCCU